GAUGACAGUCCUCCGCAGGCACCCACCCAGAGCACAGUGCCUCCCUCACUUGCCAGGGAACCAGUUCAUGUUCGGUUGUCUAACAACUGCGUCCCUCCUCCUUCCUGCUCCUCGCGUACUCCGGUCGAGCAACGUUUAACAUUGAUCUGUUUACCAUUACAGUUGUAACAUUAGGGACCUCACGCAGGAAUCUGAAAUAACUAGUAACAAUAAACUGAAGUUACUUCACAUAGUCCUUGUAGUGGCAAGUGUUUUCACGGCUUUUCCUGCGUCUUGUGAGUAACUAACUGAUCAGUGACAGCAAAAUUUUAUAAGGAAAAGCCAUUUCCGGUGUCGACCAGCCGGAAGAGGCUGUCUGCCUUGAGUAGCUAGCCAGACCAUUCCGGGUCAUCUUGAUCAAGAAGACCUUGUUCAGGCCCGUGACCAGCCUCCCCCGCUAUGACCAGGUCCCUUCCCUUCUGGCUCCUCCUUAAUGGGCUGGGCGUGGCGCUCUCCUUCAAUGUGCGACUGGAGGAGAUCCUCCACCUGAAGGUCUACGAUGGUUCCUUCCUGCCUCGAGCCCGCCAAGGUCCGACGCGGGUCAACGUGUCCCUCGUGCUCAACUCUCUCCUUGUUGACAACACCGGCAUGGUCUUGGAGAUCACGGGGGAGUUGCUGCAGGAGUGGGAGGACCCCAACCUGGUCUUCUCCGGCAGCAGCGGCGGCGGCAUCCUCACGUCUGUGGGUCUGUCAGGUUCGUCAGGAACAAUACAAGACCAACUGUGGCACCCCGACCUGACGGCCGCUCACGAAAUCCAUCCUAAGAAAUACAAACCUGCGAGCUUCAUCAGAAUCACCCAGGAUGGUUAUGUCUCCUGGACCCAGAGGGUGCAGUACUCCAUCCCGUGUGAGCUGGACCUCAGCAGCUACCCCCUCGGCCUCCACACCUGCAUUCUCAAACUCAACAGCUUGGGCUAUGAGCAGAGUGAGCUACAGCCGGUGUGGUACGGAGACACAGCCGUCGACUACACCAACAUGAUGAUCUCUCACGGCUGGGAACUCACGGACGUCAAGCUUACGGCCAAGACUGUCGUCUCAGCUCACAGAGCGAAGAGGCAGCUGCGGGUGGAGAUGGAGCUGGAGUCUUCGGGAGGGUGGGAAGUGAAGCACACCGUCAUCCCCAUGAUCGCCACCGUCACCACCGCCUACCUCUCCUUCUUCAUCAACAUCAGAGGAACGAGCACCCGAGUGAUCCUGUGCAUGCUGUCGCUGCUGACAGCCGCCAUCUUCCACGAGAGCACCUACAGGAGCGUGCCCACGGCCUCCUACACCAUGGCGAUCGAGGUGUUCACGGGGACGUGCUUGAGCUUCAUCUUCGUGGCGACGGUGGAGAGCGUGGUGGUGGACGUGCUGGCCCACCUGGCCGCCAGGGGCAGGCGAUCAGACCCCUCCUCACACACUUCCUUUGCUCUAGAGGUCCGUGAUGAAAAGCCUGACCUCUCGGACGAGCGUGGCGGGACUCGGGGCAACAUGGCGGCGCUCUGGUUGGACCGUUGCUUCCGUGUCCUCUACCCGGCUGCCUUCAUCGCCUUCAACGCCGUCUACUGGGUGCUCUACAAGUAACCCUCGACGACACCUGCAGGAACCACCACCUGUGUACAGUCAUCCCUGUGUACCACAGCCGGGCAAACAUCACACCACAAUUCUCUCAACGAUGGAAUUUGAACAGAUUGGGUCAAUAAUUAUGCACCGUUUAUAUCUAGUGAAGUUGCCCUUUAGAAACGUCAUCCAGCGCGGGUCACAAGCCAUCAGUUCAGGGGAAAAUAUUAUAACAAUGGUUUCUUAAAAGUUACUCUGCACCACAAAGAACAAUUUUCAGUACUAAAAUUCCAUUAAGAGUUCUUUUAAAUAUUUCCCAUUAUUACUUGUUUUUAAAGAUUUUAAAAUUUCUCGGCCACUAGCUGCACGAAUUAUUGCAAUGAAAUUAUAUAUAUAUAUAUAUAUAUAUAUAUAUAUAUA